AAAAUUUUGUUUUGUUAUGAAAUAGCAAUAUCUGUCAUUCUCUUUUAAUUCUUAUUUUUCUCAUGUGCGUUAAAUUUACUUCUAGAUCCGUCUCUUACUGAAAAUUCUUUUUACUAAGAUUUUUUUUGCAUCACCUUUGUAUCAGCUACAUCAAAACUCAUACUAUAAGAACAAAACCUUGAUUCCAGAACUCUCUCACUUACACACUUUCCUUUUCUUAUUCGUCUCAUUCUCUCUCUUUCUCAUGACGAGUAGUAGUGGAAGCCUCAAACUAGAGAUCCACACCGACGACAAGACGCCAGGAAAGUGGAGCGUACCGCUCAGCGAGGAAGUUUUCUGGAGGCUCUUAAGCUGCGGAGGAGGCUCGGAGAAAGCUGUGUUCAGCGAGGGGUCUAUUUUCAGCCCGUUCUUGUUCGGGAAGUACUUUGAUCCGUCUGAUGCGUUUCCAUUGUGGGAAUUCGAGGCAGAUGUUUUGCUAGCAAGCCUCAGGAGCAUAGGACAGUGUAGAGUCGAUUGGUUGCAAACCGACCAAGCUUAUGUCCUUAAAUCUGACCUCGCCGUGGUGGGGAAAAAUAACGUGCAUGUGUACGUGGACGUUAAAGGAAAAGUGAUGGAGAUUAGUGGCCAAUGGAGCAUUAAUAAGAAAACGGCGGCCAACGGCGACUGGAGAAGCGGCCAGUGGUGGGAAUACGGUUAUGUUCGCCGUCUCGAGCUACCCGGCGAUGCCGACCCCCAAAACUCCGAUGCUUUCCUUUCCAACAAAGACGAGUACUCUUUCUUAGAGAUCAUAAUCCCCAAGAUUAAUUCUAAGAACAAAUUCUAAUUUGAUGUGUCAUUAAUCAUUAUUGGCGUUUUAUGAGCAUGAAGUUUUAGUUUUUUUUUCUUCUUAAUAUAGAAUGAUAUGUAAUACUUUUCUGUUGUGGACAAUGAAUGAUAUAAACAUGCGUACAUAAUAUAUUUAA